UACGAAGGCUCCCUCUACACCAAAUACAUCAGCCCCACCCUAGGCACCGGUCUCUACAUCGACGAAGCCAUUCCAGCAGGCAGCGCCAUCGUCGCCGAACGCGUCCUCUGGAUCAGCGAGACCGAACAAGACACCUGCACUACCACAGCAGACGCCACCCUCCUCCUAACCCGCAAGCUCGAAGCCAUGGGCAAAAAAUGGACCGCGCGCUUCAUCGCCCUGUCCGAAGACUCCGACCGCACCAGCGGCAACGCCCUCGGCGAAAUAUGGGACACCCACAACAUCCCCACUGUCUGGAACUCCAAACGCGGCGCCAUUUUAGGCCCCAACCUCGCGUGGAUCAACCACUCCUGCACCCCCAACUGCACCCUCACCAUAACCCACCGCUACCCAUGCGGAAAAGACGGCCGACGCAAGCCCCACACCAAAGCACUCAUGGGCCGCGCCAUCCUUCGCGCAGCAAAAGACAUCCCCCCCGGCGCGGAGCUCACAAUCGGCUACUUCCACCCGGCCGGCUGCGUCGCCUUCCGCGGCAUAAACUGCUACCUGCGGUUCGGGUUCCACUGCGCCUGCCACUGCUGCACGCAGCUGCACUCCGAGCUCGAAGAAACCCUCGAGGGCACCCACCGGCUCGGACUGCUCCUGCAGACGCCCGACCUCGUCACCACCUGGCCGGCCGGCUUCUUCCAAGUCGCCCACGACCUGGAGUACUGCAUCGCGAGCGUCACGCCUUAUGAUAUCCGGCUUGCUCUGACGUGGGCAAAGUGCGCCCUUGUCGCGGGUUACCACUCUGACUUGGCGCGCGCGAUCUGCUUCCUCCGGAAGGCGAGACGCCUGGCUAUGCUGAUUGAGGGCCCCGUGGGUAAGUUCUAUGAUCAGCUGAUGAGGUGGAGUCAGUCUCCGGAGCUGAUGCCUGGGUUUGGCGCUUCCACUCGCGGGCUGUCUUCCUUUGCGGAGUCUGAUGUGGUUGUUGAUGAUGGCGUCGAAGAUGAGAAUGUUCUUUACAUGACUGAUGCGAAGAGUCUAUCGGAGUAUAUCCGCGUGUCACAGUACGAGCGAAUC